AUGGUUGAAUUCUUCACUAAAAGGCCGAAACUUGGAUUCUCACACAUCGCUUCAGCUAUGACGGAAGGGGGCAUGAAUAUAGAUCUUCAAACUAUUCUGGAAGAAGCUAAUCGGGAAGAUCGAUUUGAUGACUUUGAUGUUCCAGAGGAUCUUUUACAAAGGCCAAUGUCAAUAGACCAUGUGUCGAUCGUCUCAGAUUUCAUUUCACCCAGAGAAAGUUACAUCCUAUUUUUGGAGCUUGGUUUGAAAGAAACUAUCAUAGAAGGAGAGGAGGUUAAUUGCCUCAAUAUAAAGGAGCAAAUAACGACGCUGCUAAAGCUGUGGAUCAAGGUUGAAGGAGAAGCGGCAACUGUUAGGAAGCUUCUACAGGCGAUGGCAGAAUGCGACAUGAAAAUACAAGAUCUUGUAAUGUCAAGUGAAGAAAAUAUCUAA